AGCAGAUCACUGAUCCACAGAAAGAGCCGAAGAUCUCGGCUCAGUCAUGUGAUCAGCUGUGUUCAAUCACAGCUGAUCACUGAUCAUCAGGGCACUGAUGAUCAGUGUGCCCUGAUGAUCAGUGUGGCCCCAGAAGUGCCACCUGUCAGUGUCCAUCAGUGCCAGCUGUCAGUGCUGAACAGUGCCAGUGCCCAUGAGUGCCACAUCAAUGCCACAUAUUAGUGCCUACCAGUGCACAUCCAUGCCACAUAUCAGUGCCCAUCUGAGCUGCCUUUCAGUGUCACCCAUCAGUGCCAGUCAGUGCCACCUAUCAAUGCCAAUCAGUGCCACCUAUCAGUGC